AUGGACAAAGAUGAAGUCCCCGAGCAUUUCAUCUGCCCUAUCUCACUAGAGAUCAUGAAAGAUCCGGUCACCACCGUUACCGGCAUCACCUACGACCGAGAAAGCAUCCAACGGUGGCAGUUCGAGUCAACCGCCACCAGCCGGACACCAAAAUGUCCCGUCACCAUGCAACCCCUCUCCGGCGUCCCGAACCUAACCCCCAACCACACCCUCCGCCGCUUGAUCCAAACGUGGUGCUCCGCCAACCCGACCCGCGUCGUGGGCCCCAUACCCACCGCUCCUCCGAGCCAAUCCCACAUCACAAGCCUGAUCCACGACCUCCGCCACCACCCGAGCCCUCGAACCAGGCUCGAAACCCUAAGAAAGCUCGAAUCCCUGGCGUCCAAGAGCAAACGUAUUAGGGUUUUGCUCUCCGAGGCCGACCCAGCGGCCGACUCUCUGAUAUCGUUCGUCGAGUCGUGCCGCGAGAGUCGCUCUGCCGAGGGUCUGGAAGAAGCAUUAAGCCUUUUCCAUCUAAUCUGGGCCAGGCCGCGGGCCGGCGACGAGCACGUCGUCGCCUCGUUGCUCUGGAUUCUGGCCGAGGAGAGCUUCGACGACCAAACUGCCGUUGUGGUCAAGACGCGCGCGGCGUGCCUGCUGAGGGCCGCCGUCCAGAGCGUGGGCCCCGCGACGCUCGAGCAUCUGAGGCUCGAGUUUUUCGAGGCCGUGCUCUCGGGCCUCCGGCCCGAGAACUCAGUCUCUCAGGAGGGAGUGGUGUCGCUGCUGCACGUCGUGCUCGAGACUUGCCUGUCGGCGCGUAACCGGGCGUUGAUGGUCGAGUUGGGGGCGGUUGCCGAGCUGAUCGAGGUGGAGGCGAGAUGCGGUGGGGAGAGGAGGACGACGGAGCUAGUGCUCGAGAUACUGUGCUACCUGUGCUCGUGCGCGGGUGGGCGGGCCCAGUUGGUGGGCCACCCGGACGGGAUCCCGUUGGUGACGAGGCAGAUGCUGAGGGUUUCUCCUGCGGCGGACGACAGUGCAGUGUUCGUGGUGUGGCUCGUGUCGAAGUACUCGGGCAGCGACGGGCACGUGGCGCGAUUGAUGGAGAGGGCCAGGACGCAUGUCAAGCUGUGUUCAAUCGUGUUGGCAGCCGACCGGAAGACCCAUCUCAAGGAGAAGGCGAAAGAGGUCUUGAGGAUGCAUGCAGGCAUGUGGAGAGUUCACUCGUAUGGAGUGUCGAUGAAGGUUUUCCACUGA